AGUAAGAAUCAGAGCUUAAAUUCUCAAGGAUGAUUUCCUAGAGCCCCCUGCCCUCCUGCAUUUGAGACUCCAGGCAUUACCCUGGGGACCUUUUGUAAAUAUUCAGACUAAUUUUAUUCCAAUGUCUAAAUGUUGUAAUUAUGAGUAUGUGUUAGUUUUCGUUGAUGUAUUUUCAAACUGGGUUGAGGCCUUCCCUUGCAGAAGGGCAGAUGCCAAGAUUGUUGUGAAACUUUUGCUUAAGGAUUUUGACCACGAUUUGGCAUACCUGUGAGUAUCAACAGUGAUUGUGCAACUCAUUUUACUGGACAGAUUGUAAAAGAGUUAUGUGCAGCUUUGCAGAUCCAACCUCCACUGCCCCCACCACCUGCAGUUUGCCGGGACAGUGAAACGUCAAAAUGGGAUUUUGAAAAAUAAACUAGCCAAGAGCUGUGCUGAGACUAACUUAAAUUGGCCAGAUGCCCUUCCAUUAGCAUUGAUGAGCAUAAGGGCCACUCCCAAUCGAAAGACUGGACUCAGUCCUCAUAAGAUCCUGACAGGGCACCUGAUGCGACUUCCAGCAGCGCCUCCACUGACCUUCGCCCAGAUGGACAUUCGUUUUAUGGAUGACACAAUGCUUAAUUAUUGUCAGGCACUAAUGAAAUGUGUUAGGUCUCUUUAUACACAGAUGAAAGAAGCACUACCCAAGGAUCCUGAGCAACCCUGCCACUCGCUGGAACCAGGAGAUUGGGUCUACAUAAAGGUCCAUCAACAAAAGACCACCCUGACCCCGUGCUGGAAGGGCCCUUACCAAGUCCUGUUAACACCACUGUGAGGUGCCAAGGACUGACUGCCUGGACCCAUGCUUCUCACUGAAAAAAGGCUCCUCCACCUCGGGAUGACCCUCCGACUGAUGAUCGGUCUCUCUCUCCUUCUGGACAGCAGGAGAAAAAAGGACAAGGUGAUUUGCUAGUAACCUCUCCCUUGUCCACUGACAGAACUACCAUGCAUUUGGAUUUUGCUAGAAGAACCAAAUCAUUACAGGCUGAUGUGCUAGUAACCUCUCCACUGCAUAAUGCUAAACCACGACUGUUUCAAGAGAGAAGAAGGAACACUGGCUCUGCUGAAGCCACCGAGGUCCAGGAAUUCCUGACGAUAAAGGACAUUAAAAAUUGGCCCUGGUGGAGGAAACGGAGUAUCGUAUAUUGGCAGGGUGGGGACCGUUCUUGGGAAUGUGGAGUUGAGUGGUGGCUUGGAUUUUUUUUCCAGGGUCUGGGCUUUGUGCUUACGGACAAGUACCAUCAGAAUGUACUGCCUUCCCUAACUGGCUUCCCAAUGACGAAUACCAAAGAUGCCUUGCUGCCACAAACAUUACCCCCACCAUCCCCUCCACCUUUGCCACAACCCCUGUAAUUUACCCAAAUACAGACAAUACUGAAUAUUCUAAUGAAACCCAAUGGCCAAUUAUAUCUUAGUGAUUUACUGAAAUUUUGUUCACAAAAUUUAUUUUUUAAAGUUCAGAAAUGUCAUAUGAGCGAACAAUUGAGUGGAAAACAAAUGGGUCUGUGGAAAUAGAAAUAUAUGAUAUCACUACAAAUGAGCCCCAAGAAUCGGAAAUUGAGAUUAAUGGGUUCUAUAGCGAGGUAGAUAUGAUGGCCGUUCCUGGAGUCUGCAGUAUGUUAGAUGAAAGAGGCCCUUAUUGUUAUUUAGUCACCCAAUUACUGAAUAAUCAAACGUAGACCCAAAGAGUCUGUUCUGCCACUGGAAAUUUUAGCUGCAUUGAAAUAAUCCCAGUAACUAAUCAUUUAAGCUGCACCAUAUUGCAAUAUACCCCUUCUUAUGCUAUUAAUGCCAAUGCCUCUUGGAAAUAUAUGAAAGUGUUUAGCUGACAGAUUUGGUACGGUACUUCACCAAAGAGAGAUGUGUUAGGCUAUCGAUGGACUGUGAUUAAUACUACACUAGGGACUAUAAAAUUCACGCUGCCUUUAUCCAGUUUUCAGGUCACCUCUACAUAUCCUAAUUGCUCAAAAGGGGCUGCCAUUCAGUUUGCACAGCAAAGGGCCUGGGUUUCCUCCAGAAAGAAGAGGGACUUGGCUGGACACCUAUGGGAUGGUGCCAAUAGCUCAGCUGAAAUUUGGAAUAUUUAUAAAGGCCAACAACAUGAAGAAAAAGUAGGACAGUUGGAAAAAGCCACAGGUCUUAUUACUGGAGCACAAUUAACCCAGGUACAGGCUGCAGUUGGUGAAUUAUGUGUUAUCUCCACCCUUAGUUCAAUGACCCAGAAACUUCUGACAAUGAUGGUGCAAAAUAUCAUGGCGGCUGGGAAGGCAUUGCAGUGGGAUAUGGCAUGUUCAGAAAUUCAGGAUUUCCUGAACGAUCAGCUCAUGGCCAUUCAGAUUGGCCUUGAGCAUCAGGCUUGGCCCACUGCCCUUACAGAUACUUCAGGAGCAUCAUCUGAUCUGUGGGAAUGGAGACAUACUUGGAGAUUUUCUGGGUGGAAGAGCAGACGUUCACAGUGCUCAUUCCAAGCAUACGGACUGAUUGGAGAGAUGUGGGCUCCCACAUACCAAAUCCUGCCGGGUCCAUGGGGAGGUCGCAUGUGGGACUGGAUAAUUCACCAAGACAUUUGGGAAAUUAAACUACCUGGUAUGCAUAACCGAUUUAUAGUCAGUGCUCCUGGAAUAACACCCAACAUUUGGCUAGAGAUAGGGAGUCAAUGGACACUCUGGCCUUUAGAACCCCCAUAGCUUCAGUGUGUAUGAAAACUGAAGCCAGGGGAAGUUGUCACUGUUCAUGACAAUGUUUGUUGGGAAGGUAUGGGACAAGAAACUACCCUGACAGGACACCUGCUUCCAAGCUGAUGACAGUUGUGUGUACGUUAAGGCCACCACUUUGCAAGACAUACAUUUUAAUCUCACCACUGCUGCAGGCAAUCAUAUUAUUUAUUGGCCUGCAGAUAGAAUCCUACAAUCAGCCCUUAGGUUUUAGACACCCUUUAAUUGGACUGCCUUAGUAUCUGACUGGUUCCAAAAUUUGCCUUCACUCCUACCAGAGGUCCGUAAAAUCUCUGAAUUACAAGAUGAAAUUCAUAUGCUUCAAAAUAUAUAUCAAAUUGAAAAGUAUGCCUUUCAUACAGCCUAUAGAGUGUCUACUUUAUGUACUAAUUAUGAUGUAUUGUGUUUUGUGAUUAAGGCUAUAGAACAACCCCAUCACAUUAUUACAGUGGGAAUGUUAAUGCUUUUAUUGUUGUUGUUCAGUUUAGGAUUAUGUUAUUGUUGUUAAGGAUGCAAUAAUAAUAAUAACACCUUCUAUGUGCAUACUAACCAUGCAUUGUCGUUGCAUCCAAUCAAAACCCAUGAGGCUGAACCAUUAGAUCUAGAAUCAGAAAUGCAAAUUUUGAUGAAAAUGGAGGUUUAAGACGGAUAGUUGUGCUGGAAACACAAGAGGGGGGAGCAUGGAAGUGGAAAAUGGGAUAAAGGGAAUUUGAAUGCAGACAUCUUAGUUUUCUUAGGAAUACAGCAAGAGUCAGGCUAACUCUAACUCUAAUAAUGCGAGACUAAUCCCUGGUCUACACUAGGAGUUGAGGUCGAAUUUAACAGUGUUAAAUCGAUUUAACCCUGCACCCGUCCACAUGACGAAGCCUUUUUUUUUUAAAUUUAAAGGGCUCUUAAAAUCGAUUUCCUUACUUCACCCCGACAAGGGAAUUAGCGCUGAAAUUGGCCUUACUGUAUUGAAUUUGGGGUACUGUGGACACAAUUAGAUGGUAUUGGCCUCCAGGAACUAUCCCAGACUGCUCCAUUGUGACUGCUCUGGACAGCAUUCUCAACUCAGAUGAAUUGGCCAGGUAGACAGGAAAAGGCCCGCAAACUUUUGAAUUUCAAUUUCCUGUUUGGCCAGUGUGGCAAGCUGCAGGUGAGUGCAGAGGUGACCGUGAUGGACUCCCAGAAUCACAAAAGAGUUCCAGCAUGGACCGAACGGGAGGUACAGGAUCUGAUCGCUAUAUGGGGAGAGGAAUCCGUGCUAUCAGAACUCCCUUCCAGUUUUCGAAAUGCCAAAACAUUUGUCAAAAUCUCCCAGGGCAUGAAGGACAGAGGCCAUAACAGGGACCCAAAGCAGUGCCACGUGAAACUUAAGGAGCUGAGGCAAACCUACCAGAAAACCAGAGAGGCAAAUGGCUGCUCCGGGUCAGAGCCCAAAACAUGCUGCUUCUAUGAUGAGCUGCAUGCCAUUUUAGGCGGUUCAGACACCACUACCCCAACUGUAUUAUUUGACUCCUUCAAUGGAGAUGGAGGCAACACAGAAGCAGGUUUGGGGGACGAGGAAGAUGAUGAUGAUGAGGUUGUAGAUAGCUCACAGCAAGCAAGCAGAGAUACCGGUUUUCCUGACAGCCAGGAACUGUUUCUCACACUGGACCUGGAGCCAGUACCCCAUGAACCCACGCAAGGCUGCCUCCUGGACCCACCAGGCGGAGAAGGGACCUCUGCUCCAUGUGUUUCAAGGAUCACAGGAUCUUCUCCUGCCCAGAGGCUAGCGAAGAUUAGAAGGCAAAAAAAAAAAAAAAAAAAAUGAACUCACGAUGAAAUGUUCUUUGAGCUCAUGCUGUCCUCCCACAAUGACAAAGCACAGACGAAUGUGUGGAGGCAGACAAUGUCAGAGUGCAGGAAAGCACAAAAUGACCGGGAGGAGAAGUGGUGGGUUGAAGAGAGGGCUGAAGCUGAAAGGUGGCAGCAGCGUGAUGAGAGAAGGCAGGAUUCAAUGCUGAGGCUGAUGGAGGACCAAAUUAAUAUGCUCCAGUGUAUGGCUGAGCUGCAGGAAAGGCAGCAGGAGCCCAGACCACCGCUACAGCCCCUGUAACCAACCGCCCUCCUCCCCAUGUUCCAUAGCCUCCUCACCCAGACACCCAAGAAUGCGGUGUGGGGGGCCUUCGGGCACCCAGCCACUCUACCCCAAAGGGCUGCCCAAGCAACAGAAGGCUGGCAUUCAAUAAGUUUUAAACUUUUAAAGUGCUGUGUGGCCUUGUCCUUCCCUCCUCCACCACCCCUCCCAGGCUACCUUGGCAGUUAUCCCCCUAUUUGUGUGAUGAAUGAAUAAAGAAUGCAUGAAUGUGAAGCAACAAUGACUGUGCAAGAAGUGAUUGAAGGGAGAAGCGGAGGGUGGUUAGCUUACAGGGAAGUAGAGUGAACCAAG